AUGAGAGGCUUCUCCACCGACGUCGAGAAGUACUCUCGCGGCGCGGCGGACGACGAGCAAACCACGCUUCUCGAGAACGCGUCGGCCGAAACCCCGCGUCCAGCACGAACAUACUCGCUCUUCCACCUCUUGACCGCAUUCGGAACGGGCGUUGGAGUCUGUCUACUCGCUCAACUCGCCUGCGGCCUGGGAAAGCACGGACGCGAUGCAUUCGAUAUAUACGGUGCACCGAACGCGGGAUCUACCGAAGUGCACAACUGGCCGCCAGCCGCGCCUACCAACACGAACCCCGUGCUGUUCCCGACCAACGUCGGCCACGCCGGCGCAACGCCCACAGGCGCCGAGCCCGCUUUGAUCGCCACGGCCCCAUCAUACCCAAUCCAAACCCACGCGCCACACCUGGUCGCACCGCCGCGUUUGCACGCCGGACAGAAGGCGCCCGCCGACUUUGACCUGCUGAAGAAGUGGGGCAACCUCUCGCCGUGGUACAGCGUACCGCAGGGCGCCUUUGGGAUAGACGCCAGCCCGGAAGUACCCGAUACGUGCAAGGUGACGGGAUUACAUUUUGUGCAUCGGCAUGGGGCGCGGUAUCCGACCUCGUGGGCGGCGUAUGGCGGGCCGUCGUUCUUGGCGCAACGUCUGCAUGAGACUACGGAUGAGUGGGACGCGGAGGGUGAACUCGAGUUCCUCAACAACUGGACAUACAAACUCGGGGAAGAGGUUCUUACUCCGUUUGGUCGCCAACAACUUUUCGACCUCGGCGUUUCCCUUCGCCUGAAGUACGGAUUCCUUCUGGAGAACUUCACCGAUAGCCUUCCUGUGUACCGCACGGAGUCACAAGAUCGCAUGUUAUACUCCGCGCUCAACUUCGCCGCCGGAUUCUUUGGUAUCCCGUACGAGGACAAGUACCUGCAGAGUAUCACCAUCGAGGAUCCUGGCUUCAACAACACACUGUCACCCUACAAGACCUGCACCAACACCGCUGAUCGGAGCAAGUCGGACCGCGGAACACCGCUCGUCAAGAAGUGGGCCGAGGUCUACCUCGUUGAAGCUCAGAAGCGUCUGCAGGCGCAUAUCAAAGGCUACAAUCUGACCGUCGAAGAUGUCUACACCAUGCAGCAGAUGUGCGCAUACGAGACCGUCGCCAUCGGCUACUCAUCCUUCUGCCCGCUCUUCACCGUCGAAGAAUGGGAAGGCUUCGACUACAGCAUGGACAUCUACUUCUGGUACAACUCCGCCUACGGCUCGCCCGUCGCGCGCGUGCAGGGCAUCGGCUGGAUCCAGGAGCUCGUCGCGCGCCUCACGCACACGCCCAUCGCGGUGCACAACUCGAGUACGAACGCGACGCUGGACGAUGAUCCGACGACGUUCCCGCUGGAUCAUCCGCUGUAUGUUGAUGCGACGCAUGAGGUUGUCGUGCUGAACAUCAUCUCUGCGCUCAACUUGACCUCAUUCGCCGCGGCCGGUCCCCUCCCAACAACGCACAUCCCAGCAAACAGAACCUUCCGCGUCUCCGAGCUUGCCCCCUUCGCAACGAACAUGCAGUUCCAGCUCCUCUCCUGCUCCGACCGCCCCGCCGACGGCGAGCUCAUCCGCAUCAUCAUCAACGACGCCGUGGCGCCGCUGGACGGGAUCGAAGGGUGCGGGGAGGAUGCGCUGGGGAUGUGUAGUGUCGGGAAGUUUGUGGAGGCGCAGAGGAAGAUUAUUGCGAAGACGGAUUGGGAGUGGGCGUGUGAGGGCGAGUGGGAGGUGCCGGAGGGGUGGGAGAGCGUUACGGGGGAUGCGCCGGGGGUUAGGUGGUAG